UGUGCCGCAUGCGGGCCACUUAUUGAAACAGCAGGAAAGGACUUUGGACUUCAGCCAAAGAGGAUCUCACCCUGUCGUGUUCCAUCCGGAUUCGGACAAAAGCUGGUUUCACUUGUAAGAGAUGCUCCCCUGCUGCUGGUGAUAGAGAGAGCAUAUUAAAGGAUUGCAGGACCGGCGGCUUUGGACCCAGAAUGCAGAUGCAAAGUCACCUAUUGGACUCGACCUUGAUCCAUUUUGUGAAUAACGUCAACCUGAUGCAUUUCCCUCCGGUGUGCGCCACGGAGCAGGUGGACGACAGUCCAUCGAGCCACAAUGAGAGUGACUCCUCCUGGAGCCCGGAGCACAGGACAUCCGCCCAUCUCGUCACCGGCCCGGGCAGGUCCAGACGAAGGAGGAUCAUCACGAUGGUCCAGCGGCAGGCGGCCAACGUGCGGGAAAGGAAGCGUAUGUUUAGUCUGAAUGAGGCGUUCGAUGCACUCAGGAAGAAAGUGCCAACCUUCGCCUAUGAGAAGAGAUUGUCCCGUAUUGAGACGCUACGGCUGGCCAUCGUCUAUAUCUCCUUCAUGAAGGACCUACUGGAGAACACUUGACCGCGACAUCACGUGUCACGUGAUGACAAUAGCAACUGGAGAUGCUGAAACACUUUGAGAAAACAUCCUUAGAAGUUGCAAAAUACUUCAAAUACUUCAAAGUAAGCCGUGUUUGUUAUUGAAAUGGAAGUCAUUUAAAAAGUCAUAUCUCUGUAUACGCUGCAGUUGAGACCAAUAUUAGGUACACAUGCACAUAGAGGUCAUUUUUUGUGUGUGGAAGAAUUUUGUAGUGGUACGUUGCAUAUUUUGUACCUCUGGAUAUUACAAGUAGAAAGUAUUCAGUGUUAUUUGACUCUACCGAAAAUGGCAGCAUUCAUUCAUUCAUUCAUUCAUUUUCUACCGCUUUUUCCUCACGAGGGUCGCGAGGGUUGCUGGAGCCUAUCCCAGCUGUCUUCAGGCAAGAGGCGGGGUACACCCUGGACUGGUUGCCAGCCAAUCACAGGGCACAUAUAGACAAACAACCAUUCACACUCACAUUCAUACCUAUGGACAAUUUGGAGUGGCCAAUUAACCUAGCAUGUUUUUGGAAUGUGGGAGGAAACCGGAGUACCCGGAGAAAACCCACACAUGCACGGGGAGAACAUGCAAACUCCACACAGAGAUGGCCGAGGGUGGAAUUGAACCCUGGUCUCGUAGCUGUGAGGUCUGCGUGCAAACCACUCGACCGCCGUGCCGCCUGGCAGCAUACAUAAAUAAUAUAAAUGGAUGCUUUAAUAUUAUUGUGUGUGUUCUAAAGAGUA